GGGACUGGGCGCAGGUUGUGUGUUGAGGGACUGAGCACAGGUUGUUUGUUGAGUGGACUGAGCACAGGUUGUGUGUUGAGUGGACUGGGCGCAGGUUGUGUGUUGAGUGGACUAGGCGCAGGUUGUGUGUUGAGCAGAAGACUAGGCGCAGGUUGUGUGUCGAGUGGACUGGGCGCAGGUUGUGUGUUGAGUGGACUGGGUGCAGGUUGUGUGUUGAGCGGACUAGGCGCAGGUUGUGUGUUGAGCGGAAUGGGUCAGCGGAGCUCCAGACUGCCGGGGGAGACGCGGGUGCUGAUCCUGGGCCUGGACAUGGCGGGGAAGUCCACCCUGCUGUACAAGCUGAAGUACAACGAGGCGGUGCUGACGGUGCCCACCGUGGGCUUCAACGUGGAGAUGAUGGAGACGGAGCGGCGGGCGUCCUCGCUGACGGUGUGGGACGUGGGCGGGCAGCGGGAGAUGCGGCCGCACUGGGAGCAGUACUUCCAGGACACGGCGGGGCUGGUGUUCGUGGUGGACUGCGCGGACCGGACGAGGCUGGGCGAGGCCCAGCGGGAGUUCGAGCGGGUCCUGAAGAGCGAGCACCUGCAGCGGGUUCCCGUGGUGAUCCUGGCCAACAAGCAGGACGUCCCGGGGGCAGUGGGCGCGGUGGAGCUCACCCAGCGCUUCGGCCUGAGGAGGGCCUGCGGGGACCGGCACUGGUUCGUCCAGCCCUGCUCGGCCCGCUCCGGUGCCGGCCUGCAGGACGGGUUCCGCAGGAUGGUCCAGUUCAUCAAGGCCCCGUCGCUGCUGACCGACAACCCCAUCGCCGACACGGUCAGCAGCCUGCGCUCCACCGCCAUCUCACUCAAACACAGGUAGAGCCGCUGCUGAAGGACUCUGGGAAAAGGUUUGUGUUCUUUCACAUCAUCUUUGUACUGCUGACUCCAUCCAAUCUCCACUGUCAUUUUUGCGCUGCCGACCCCACUGUGCUGUCUAAGAGACUGCUCACCAUUUUGGACACGCUCUUUCAUUUACUGUCACUGGUCAAUGAGAAGAGAACUCUGGGGCUGAGGUCACGGUGAACGUGGUCUGUUCUGGGGUCAGAGUGAAAUCCUGACUGUGCCAGGGUCUCCCACCGUCAGCAGCCCCACAGGGCAGCACAGAUGCACAGGCUACUGAUGCUAGAGAUUCCCCUCAGCCAAUCAAAUGCCUGCAAUCUUCUCUCCCCAGUGAUGGAGGAAGGGAAGCCACCACACACAGCAGCUUCACAGUCACAGGAGCGUGUGUGCUUCACAGUCACAGGAGCAUGUGUACUUCACAGUCACAAGAACGUGUGGGCUGCACAGUCACAGAAACGUGUGUGCUGCACAGUCACAGGAGCAUGUGUGCUUCACAGUCACAGGAGCAUGUGUGCUUCACAGUCACAGGAACGUGUGGGCUGCACAGUCACAGAAACGUGUGUGCUGCACAGUCACAGGAGCAUGUGUGCUUCACAGUCACAGGAACGUGUGUGCUUCACAGUCACAAGAACGUGUGGGCUUCACAGUCACAGGAGCGUGUGUGCUGCACAGUCACAGGAGCAUGUGUGCUUCACAGUCACAGGAGCAUGUGGGCUGCACAGUCACAGGAGCGUGUGUGCUGCACAGUCACAGGAAUAUGUGGGCUGCACAGUCACAGGAAUGUGUGGGCUGCACAGGCCCUCCUCUCCUGUAUUCAGUGGGACCAGCUUACAGCUGUGAAUAACCAUUCCAAAAUGGGUGGAUUUUUUUCUAAUGGUAAAUUUUUUUUUUUAAUCAUAAAGUUAAAGAAAAGGAACUUUCAUGUUAACAUCACUGUCUGCUGUUACUUUAUCCAGAGCUUCUGACAGCUUCAGGUUAUUGUGGGAUUUUGUCAUAGAUGUAUUCCAGAUACCAGAUUUCUUACAUCUGAAUGAACCUGUCUGAUCUAUCAUUGCCAUCUGUGCCCUGACCAGAACCCACUGUUAUACAAACAAACAUGAGUGCCAUAGCAGCUUAAAUCAAUUCAAUAGCAAAUGUAUAGGCCAACUUAAAUUAUAGGGUGCUAUGAUUUGUGAAAUUAAACUCGGUUCUAAAGUUCUAAAACUUUAAUUGCUUAUAUGGAAAGAUGAAUAACCAACAAAUUAACAAGUGAAUAAAUAAAGUUUUUAUUAUAGCUGAAGAUAAUUUACACCAAGUUGGACCUAGAAAUAUCCCCAGUACCUUUAGGAGCAAAAGUACCCCAAUGUGGAAAUCAAAUGCUUAUGAGAGCAUGUAUUUGUGUGCCAGUUCAAAAAUAAGUCAUGCAAUAAUGCAUUGAGUUACACUGAGUAAGGUCCUGGUUGAGAGAUACUUAUUACAUACACCUUACCUCAUGAGUCACUCGCAUGGUAGAUUUUUUUAUUUUGUAUCCAACAUUCCCAAAGAUUUGCAGCUAUUUUGUUUCAAUGUGAAUUUGUUGCUGUAAAUAUUAAUAAAGAUUUUGGAAAGAGA